GCAUAGCGUGGUUGUCAGAGUGGCCCAAGGCAGCGCCGUGUGCGGAGCGUUACGAGAGACAAUGUGUUCUGCUGCUGGCCAUAGACACGUACUGACAUUAUCAUAAUAGUAAAAUGUUCCGUGUAACAAAUCCAACUUUAACUAGUAUUCUUUAGCGUGAAAUUUCCUGUUUUUCGUUUGGUUUUUAAUUUUUAUCGUGUGUUGUGUGUAACAGUGUGAGGAUGAAAAUGGUUGUAACUUCGUUUGUUGUUAAUAGAUGAAUGAACUGUUAGGGUAAAGUAGUAUAAAAUGUUUUUAAUGAACAGUCUGUUGGAAAAUUGUGUAGAACCGUGUAGCUGUAGUACGCUACAAUGAUGUACAAUGAUGUAUCAAAUAAUCGUCGUGUAACGUUGUAAACAUAGUGUGCGUCUGCGAAAGUCUUUUAAUGAUUAUUUCGUAUAGAAAAUGUCAAGUUCCUAAGUGUGGAUUGGAUGUUGAACAUUUUGUCGAAAAUAACAUAAAUUGAACUGUCAAUAAAACACAGCGACAUCGUUGUACAAGUCGAAAUUAAUAGUAGGCAGUUUUAACCUAUUUUAAAUCAGCCCGUAUUUUCGAAUUGUCGUUAAAAGGAUAUUUCAUUUGGCGUAUUUUAAAUAGUGAAGUGUGCGCAAGUGUUCGGAAGAUGAGACUGUCAUUUUGGUCAGCCUCAAGUGAGAGGGGGGCGGUAACUGUGCUCCGUGCUCGAACGUUGUUCCUCCUGGUGAUCAUGGUGACAACUUUGGUUUGCAGGGCUAAUGCAGAACAGCCUCAGCAUUUCUCUCGUCAGUGGGCUGUCCAUAUAGAAGGAGGGUUGCAGGUAGCGGAUGCAGUUGCAAGUAAACACGGUUUCGUCAAUUUAGGAGAGAUUUUCCCUGACUGGUACCAUUUCGAGCACCACAGCGUGGCGAAGAGAUCCGUGGGACGUAGCGUGGAACAUCAUGAGAAUCUUGUGCGGGAGGCGCAGGUGAAGUGGGCCCGCCAGCAAGUGGUCAGGUCACGACAGAAGCGAGACCCGCUGCCUUUCCGUCAGCGCUCCUACCGAGUGAACCUCAACGAUCCCCGGUGGCCGCAGAUGUGGUAUCUGAACCGAGGGCAGGGACUAGACAUGAACGUGCAGCCGGCCUGGCAGGAGGGAAUAACCGGCCUCGGUGUAGUGGUCACAAUCCUGGACGACGGGCUCGAGAAGGAUCACCCUGACCUGUUCAGAAACUACGACCCACAAGCGAGCUAUGAUGUGAACAAUCAUGAUGAGGAUCCAAUGCCGCGAUAUGACCUCAUUGACUCUAACCGCCAUGGGACACGCUGUGCUGGUGAGGUUGCUGCCACUGCCAACAAUUCUCUUUGCGCUGUUGGCGUCGCUUAUGGCGCUAGUGUUGGUGGUGUAAGGAUGCUGGACGGGGACGUUACUGAUGCAGUGGAGGCCAGAUCUCUGAGUCUCAACCCCCAACAUAUCGAUAUUUACAGUGCUUCCUGGGGACCAGAUGAUGACGGAAAGACUGUGGAUGGCCCAGGGGAGCUGGCUACAAGGGCUUUCAUUGAAGGUGUCACAAAGGGUCGAUCUGGCAAAGGUUCUAUUUUUGUGUGGGCAUCUGGUAAUGGAGGUCGUGAUCAUGAUAAUUGCAACUGUGAUGGUUACACCAAUUCCAUCUGGACACUGUCCAUCAGUAGCGCUACAGAGAACGGUUAUGUUCCUUGGUACUCGGAGGCAUGCAGCUCAACUCUGGCAACUACAUAUAGCAGUGGAGCAUCUGGGGAGAAACAGGUUGUAACAACGGAUUUACAUCACCAGUGUACCAGCAGUCACACUGGGACAUCAGCGUCUGCACCCUUGGCAGCCGGCAUCUGUGCCCUGGCACUGGAAUCAAACAGAGAACUAACAUGGCGAGAUAUGCAGCAUAUUGUGGUGCGCACUGCACGCCCUGCCAAUCUCAAGUCUUCUGACUGGAAGGUGAAUGGUGUUGGGAGAAAUGUGAGCCAUUCCUUCGGUUAUGGGCUGAUGGAUGCUUAUGCAAUGGUGAAGCUGGCUCGCAAUUGGAAAACUGUACCAGAGCAGCACAAAUGUGAGGUUUCUGCACCACACAUAGACAAACUUAUACCAGCAAAGAGUCAUGUAAGUCUUCAGCUUCAUGUAAAUGAGUGUGCUGGUGUAAACUUCCUUGAACAUGUUCAGGCUAAGGUGAGUCUUGUAUCAGCUAGAAGAGGUGAUCUUCAAAUCCACCUAACAUCUCCAGCCGGAACCCGUGCCACGCUAUUAGCCCGUCGUCCUCAUGAUGUCUCACGUGCUGGUUUUCAGGCCUGGCCAUUCAUGUCCGUCCAUACCUGGGGAGAAAAGCCCUUUGGUAUAUGGCAGCUAGAAAUACACAAUGAGGGCCGAUUUCUGGGAACCCUGACAGAUUGGAAGCUAGUUUUCUAUGGCACAGAAACAGCACCUGAAGGUGAUGAGCAUGAAGGUGAUGAUAGCAAUGUUCAAGUUACCGGUAGCAGACUGGACCUGAAGCCAAGUGAGAUGCUCACUAAUGGUGAAGAAGACACCGAUCGCAAUGAUGUGGUACCCAUUAAAGGGGGAGUGUGGAAGGAGUUUCAUCAAGUGGACAACACAGAUCAUGCUCGUAAUGAAGUGCAGCGCACUACUACUGAAGAUGACAUGGCCUCAGCAUCUGCAGGAUGUCGUGCCCUCUCCAAGAAGGGUCAGCAGUGUAUAGAGUGCUCGAAGGGGCUGUACCUGUAUGAAGGGCGGUGUGAGGUUUCAUGUCCUGAGCCAUACUUCCCAAGCCGCAAUGCGAAGUCACAACUGGUCUGCUCAUAUUGCCACUACACCUGCAAGGCGUGUUCAGGCCCCAAUGACUACCAGUGCAUUUCCUGCUAUGGUGAUGCAUCCCUCAAGCAUACUACAAAAGCUGAAAGUUAUUGCUAUCCAAAAGCUAUUCUUCCGGCACUGGAAACUAGCAAAUGGUUUUAUUGGAUGUUUAUAGCUUUUUGUGCGAAUGUGGCAGUCCUUACCAUGAUAAUGAUAUACUUCAUAAUGUGUAAAUUACUGCAGAACUCUGGCUGUUGUAGUAAACGUCAGCAUUACAGGAAAAUGAGCAGUGGAGAAAAUCUAACAGACAGUUUGAGUAAGGACAGAAAUAGUGCUGUAUAUGAUUUGUCUGAAAGUGACAGUGAUGGAUCUUAACACAUUGUGUAAAAAAAGUAUUGUGAUUGUGUUUUAGACAGGAAGCUGAAUACAAUUAAAAGCUAAGUCAUAGUUUGAUAUUAGAUUUUACAAAUUAAUUUUCAUAUCCGGAACCUGACUGUAGUUUUAUAAUGAUGUUCGCUAACUGAAGUGCCAUUUUCUCUGAGAUAUUGCUCUCCAUUUUGUUAAAAAGUAUUUUUGGAGGCAGUAUUUGUGAUAUUCUUAUGUAGGUACAUUUUAGUUUAAUUCAAGUUAAUAUAUAAAGAAGCAAAAAUAAGGAUAAUCUUUUCAAGAUUUCACACUGGGCAUGUAAGCAGUGUAAGCAAUGUGUGCAAGAAGUUAUGUGGAAUUGUCAAUAGAGAACUUAGCUCUGAAACCAGGUAUGUAUUGUUGAUAGUAUAUUAACUGAGGGAAGGUGAAGUAAUUCUGAAAAAUUUUCCAUAAUUCUUUCAACUUGAAGAAUUUUGAACACCAAAAUUGUUUCUAAUAUGCUAUUCUCCAAUGUGAAAACAUUCAAGAAUACUGAACAUAGAGCUGCACAUUCAGAAGACAGCUGAAUGGAGAAAACUGUCAUCUUUACUCUGCAAAUUAAGAAUGAAAAGGGUUAAAAUCUAUGUCAUAAUUAUGCAUAAUGAAAUUAUGAUUUAAUGCUACGAGAUCUAAGAAAUUUUGUGCAUUUCACACUAAGUUUUAUGAAUCAUAGUUUUAUUUAUGUACAAAUAAUAUUUACAAGUGACACAUUUGACUAUUUUCAUAUUUAAAGUCUCCUUACAGUCUGCUUUUUAUUCCCAUAAUUUUAAUUCUGUCACCAAAGUCUCGCUUGAUAAUGCAGAUGUAUCUACUGGCUUAUGACAAUAUUUUGUGCAUAAGAGUUGCAGUGUCUUAUGUCAUCUUUGAGAUGAUUAGGUCCUGUGAUAUGUUUCUGUUAACAUAAUGUUUUUUUUUUUGUGACAAGACUGCAUAAUCUCCUGUUUGGAUAGUGUAGCCAUAAUUUUGAUUGACUAAAUGAACAUUUUAAUAUUUCUAAAUAAUGUACUAAUCUGUAAAGUUGUUUUCAUAAUAUUUGUUCCGAUUAUUCCAAAAUAUCAUUUCAUUCUUAUUCCAACCUGUUUUUAGACAAUACUAAUACAUCCAGUAUUGUAAGCUGAGAAAUGUGAUAAUUAAACUUCCAUUAUCAUUAGUUAUUUUGUGUGUUUUAUGUGUUUGUUAUAGAAAUUUAUGUGCUUGUGAUGUUCAUGUUGACAAUUUAAUUUGUUGGGAGCGAAUAUAGAAUAAGAUAGAAAAUAAUGCAAUAACUUCUACAGGCCAACAAAAAACUGUUCCGUAAGUAAACAUAGGUUAACUUAAGUAUUGUGUGAACGUAAUAUGAAACUAGAAUCAGAAGUUAUUCAAUUCAAUUUAUUUAAACAUUCCAUUGAUCCUUUGUGGUACAAUAAUGACCAGUAGAUGUGGAAUUAGUCACAGACAAAACCAGACAAGUUGCAUCACAUUAACGAGAUACGAAUAUAAAUACAUCAAUAAUUCAUCUCCACAAUACAGUAUCUCAAACACUGGUCUAAUAUCUAAAAGCAAAUUAUUUAUUAGGACAUUACAUCAAUUAUUACUUACAAACAAUACCCAGACAACAAACAGGUCAUAGAUGCCUGCACACUUAAUACCCAGGACCAAGAUGGAACAACUUUUGUACAUCGUAUGACAGCUAUAUGUUUAAAAUGUUAAAACUAAUGUACUGAUAGUACUAAGAUGUGAUGAAUAUAUAUGAGCAGAUUAUGAGUAUCAUAAAAAAAGUUUUCUUAGUAGGGAGUAUAACCCAGGAGUUUAGUUUACUUUAUAGUGAAAAUAUUCAUCCAAGGAAUAAAACGAAUUGGAAAGAAGAAACCUUUUUAGCACUGUAUAUAGAGAAUCAUUCAAAAAUGUUUCUGUGUAUAAGUAUCUGGGAACAGCACUAGCAAACAGAAUUGAGGUUUUUGAUACAAUUAAAGCUUCUUAUUAUUAAGUUUAAGAUGUGGCACUAUCUUACCUUCUUUCCAGACUGCUGAAGUUUAGAAAAUAGAACAGUAUUGCUAGUUGAUUUGUAGGGGCAUGUAAAGUGGUCUCCUUCUUUGAGGGAAGAAUGUAGAUUAAAAGUUUUUAAAACUAGAGUUCAAGAAAAUAUUUGGACCUGAAAAGGAUGGAGUGGGUUAUUUGGAAGAGUAAAAAAUUAGAAACCCCCCUGAUUUAUCCUAAGAAGUCAUGAUGGACAUUUACCUUCAAUGGGGGAGGCAAUGCAUGUGUACAGAAUUUUAGUGUGGAAAUCUCUUGGUAAAUUGCCACUUAGAAGACUGAUAAAUAGAAGUAUAACAUUACAAUGAAUUAUGGAUAGGUAGGUUACACUGAGGGAGAUAUAUGGAACUGGUCGAGAUUAGUGACUAGAUGUAUUAACAGUGUUGGGUCUUGAGGUUCUGCUACAAGAGAAUUAAUUAGUUAGUUAACCAUUCAGCUAAUUAUUUAAGAGUUACUUAUUUAAAUAUUGGUUGCAGGAAAUAACUGGUAGAGAACAUGUACUCAGAAUAAAGUAGAGAGGAAUGGUAAGAUAAAACUUUCAGCCUGAGCACUUAGCUUGCUGGUCAGUGCAUAAAUGAUUCGUCAAAGGAAAUACCUGUAGAAUUUAUAUUUUACUUUUAACUUCUGAUGGUAGUUCAGUCUCAGGGUUUGAGGUAGAUCUCACCAUAUUCUGUGUCGAACAGAAUAAUUACAGUACAACUUUUUUCAGUUGUGUAUCUUAGUCAUUCAGUUCCCUAUGACAAAUUGAGAUAACUAUAAUUAAGCUGUAAAAUUUCCUUUUGUUGUCAUUGAACAUCAUUCACUUGUCUAUAAAAACGUAUUUUGUUGUACUUGUUUUCAUAUUUUUACCUUAAAAUUGCAAAUAAUAGGCAGCAACAGAGUUUCAUUCAUUUACAUGUAUCACAAAUGGUCAGUUUCACCAGUGUUACAGAAAAUUUACCUAUUUCUGUUUUAUUAUCCUGUAAAAAAGAACGGGGAAUGCUUCAAAAUUUAUUUUAGCUCACUGAUUCAAGAAAUUCAUGAAGCUUCAGUCUUUGAAUGUGGAUAAUUGAGAAGUUCCUUUAUUGGAGACAUUUCAAAUGUUGUUUAAGUUUCUGAAAUUACAUUUCAUAAAGUAUGGAACCAAAACUGAAUUGGGUUUUCUCCUGUUGGUUUUGUCAGUCUUCCACUUUACGAAGCUUAAUAAAUCAGUACCUUUAUAUGAAUGUUGUUUGGCAGCUUUGAAUGAUUCUGUUUUAAGAGAGAUUUUAUACUGCCUCAUAGGUAGAGGUAUUAUAGAUUCUGUAAUAUCAUUGUGCUAUUCUUAUAAGUUUCAAGCGUGAAAAUAAAUUUGCUUAUACCUUUCCAGUACCCUUUUAGCAUCAUACUACAUGACUGUGUGUGAAAGAAAGGGCAAAUUGUGAUAUUUGACACCAUGGAAGAUUUGUAAUUUAACAGAAAUGAACUUAGUGGAGAAUGAAGAAAUUAUGUAAUGAGGUACGUGUGUGUUCCUAAAAUAGUGAAAUAAAUUUUUAUAAGGGUC